ACGACAGUGUCGUAAAGCGCCAAUGUUAUGGUCGGAAAUGUGUCCAGUCGUCCUCUGAACCAAGCUCCCACUCGCCCUUCAACACAGACAGAGUACUCUUCUUCUUGUUCUUCAGUACAGACACAAGACUAGCUUCAAACCAUGGCAGGGGUAAUCGCACGGAAAGCUAUUGACCACCUCAAGAGCAAAGAGUUCAGGGAUUAUUUGACGAGGUACCAUUUCUGGGGUCCUGUAGCAAACUGGGGUCUUCCUAUAGCCGCCAUCGCAGACAUGAAGAAGAGCCCUGAGAUCAUCAGUGGCAGGAUGACCUUCGCUCUGUGCUGCUAUUCACUUCUCUUCAUGAGGUUCGCCUACAAGGUGCAGCCACGCAACUGGCUUCUGUUUGCUUGCCAUUUGACCAACGAAUCAGCACAGCUGGUUCAGGCGAGUCGCCUCAUCAAAUUCAACAUGGAGCAGAAGACCAAAUCCUAAUGGCAGGGAAAAGCAGAUGCAGCAAAUUCACUGCAACUCGGCACCAUGCUACUUCAAAGGCCACCUGAACCCCGGACAUCAAAACUCAUGCAUCUAAUACAUCUCAGUUAACAAUGAAACUUUGGCACUUACAUUGUUUUUAACCUGUUGUUACCAUGAUCAAUCGCCCAUCAUCGAAGAGAUCAAGUCACUUUUUACCAAACAGACAAGAACAUGCACAGAUGCUUCCUCACACAACAAUAAAGGUCAACUAUCGUGGUGAAUUUUAAGAUUUUUGCAAUAUUCAAAAUGACAAAAAUGUGAUGUUGGUGGUGAAUGUUCACUCAGCAAAGCAGCCUGACAGCUAGACGCCUCCCACACUGGAUCCACUGGUUGUUUCACACUUUGUAAAAACAGGUUUCAAACAUUCAUAAACCAUCACAUUUCAGGUAAUAAUUUAACACGUCCUCACCUGCAAGUGAAUUAAAUAAUGUUUAAAAAUUCACACUGAACUUAGCCUCGGGUCAGUUUGUGCAAACAAAUCCAUAUCAAAGCACAUUAUCACCCGGCAAUGGACUUCCUAGACUUUUGUCUCACAGAUAACUAAGCAUAUUAUGUGGUGCAAUGUAAACUGAGUGUGUAUGAGGAGGGUUUUAGUACAGAACAAUGGCUCAUGAUUUCAAAACAUUAUUCAGAAAUGUUUGUCUCUUCAUGCAGAGAAGCUGUGCACACUGUAAAGCUGUGUAAUUACAACGUGACUGUAUUCUUAUCCUCCACAUCUGAGCAAGACAAACUGCUUCUGUCAGUGCUGACCAAACAUGUACUGUGUGUUUUUGUCAUGUGUCAUUCACAUUAAUUUAUUGACUUGUAUCAUUCACAUUAUUCUUCCCUGAUUAACAAUUUGAUUGUAUGGUUUUGUUGAAAUAAACUGGUGAUAACCAACCUGAACACGA